AUGUUGACUAGGUAUUCAAAUUGUUCAGAUUCCGAAUCAUUUUUCGGAUCUUCUAGAUAUCCCUUAGUCUUCACCCAUCUUGUAACAAUGAUCUCUGUUCCUGUUUCAAUCUACGCAUUUUAUUGUGUAAUUUAUGUGACGCCUAGAAAUAUGCAAAAGGCUAAAAAACAUUUAUUCAAUAUACAUUUCUGGUAAACCCUUCUCUUAAAAAUGUCUUGAAAUCAAUAAAUUUUAGGACUAUGGCGUUUGAUUUAAUAUUCAAUGUUCUAAUUAUUCCUAUGAUAUUUCUUCCCACAGCAUCUACGGCAACAUUGGGUUAUGGUUAUGAUAUUGGAAUUCCACCAAGAUUCCAGAUUUAUUUGAUUCAAGCGAUUGUCUGUGGUGGGUGAGAUUCUUCGAUUUAUGGAAGAAAUUUCUAUGAUUCCAGUCAUAACUUCUGCAAUCAUUGGGAUGUUUGAGAAUCGAUUUUCAUCAAUUUCAACGAAUAAAUUCAGAAUUCGUCAAAACUGGAUUCGAUUUCUAAUAUAUUUUCUAGAUUAUUCAGUAGCCUGUAUCACAGUUAUUCCACCAUACCUAAAAUCAAUCAAUCUCGAUGAAAUACGUUCCAAUUUUCUCCAAAUCUUUCCCUGUCCGCCUGCCGAAUUCUUCACCGAUCGUUUCGGUGUCGUCACCGAUGAUGCGAGUUAUGCCACUAUUUUCAUGUCGAUUCAAACGGUGUUUCUCCUACCGCAAGGCGCAUUUUUCACCAGCUACACAACUUAUUUACUUGUUAUUCGGCCGAGUCGAUCGGUUUCUGAAUCGACUAGAAAAAUGCAGGUGACAUUUUUGAUAGCUGUCUAUUCACAGUGUUUUAUUCCACUUACACUUUUGAUGUUGCCAGUGUGUUAUAUCUGGUUUUCAGCAUGGACACAAUAUUAUAACGCGGGUAAGCUUCAAAGGGUCCAAUACCACGUGUACAACAAACUUUUCAGCAAAUAACAAUCACAUCGUUGCGAUGGUCAGCCUUCAUGGAUUUCUAUCAACAUUGUGUCUUUUAAUAGUUCACAAACCCUACCGCAAUCAUUUUAUAUCAAUAUUCAAAGCCAAAGCAAAAUCUACGAUGGCAGUUAGUGGAGUCACAUCUACAUCUUUUAAUUGA